UUACUACACAAACUGUCCUUGAUAUCAACGGUUUCAGACAGAACACGUCAUCAAUUGUUUUCAGACAACGUGUCAUCUUGUCUCAACUCAUAUCCUCUAAAGCUCUUAUCUCUCAGAUUCUCUCAGUCACCAAAAAUGUCUUACGCAGCAGGAGCGCCUCUCUUCUUCCCGUCUACUGUUAGCGUCCGAUCUCCAGCUAAGUUCCUUCUCCGUCCUAAUCCUUGCCGGCUUCUUGUUCUUCCCACAAAUGGCGCAGCAGCGAGCAGCAAGAACGGCGCACGCAGGCAAAUGAAGAGACCAUUUGUAGUAGUAGCAAAUGCUUUGCCUGUGGAGGAAGACGGUGUUUCACUGGGUACCAUGAAGCUUCCCAUAGAUACAGAUCUCGCAAGAUUCGAAACUCUUAUUUUUCAGUGGGCGAACAGUCUUUGCCAAGGAGCCAACAUACCUCUCCCUGUUCCUCUCAAGGUGGAUAGAAUAAGUGGAGGAGCGAGGUUAGGAUUCAUAGUGAUGGAAGAUGAAGGCAAAACCGAUGUUCCGGUUUACAUAGACUGUUUAGUGUACCAAAGCACAGAGAGUGGUUCAGGACCAGUGUUCCGAGCGACACGUAAUGGGAGGAAGAAAGACAAGGCACCUCCAGGAGAAGAAAGAAUCAUGAGAAGUCUCUUGGGAGCACUCAAACGAGCUGUGGAACUUGCUCGAGUCUCAUAGAAACUAUACUUUGGCUGACAUUAUUUCUCCUUGUACUUAAUGUCUUUGCAUCCUCAUUUAUGUAAGAAUCAGAUUGGUCGAUAGUUUUUAUAUAAACAAUAAUAGAGUCCAACCAAUA